AUGGUGCAUAUUGAGGAAAGCCUACAAGUCCCUCGUGACUUUGAGGGAUUUGGAGAAGAAGGAUUCGACCCAAAAUGGCCCAACGGCGCGAAGAUUGCCGUCUCAUUUGUCUUGAAUUAUGAGGAGGGUGGCGAGCGCUCCGUUCUCGAUGGCGACGGCAUGUCGGAGCCCUACCUCUGGGAGAAGGGCGCAUCGGGGGGCUACCGGGAGAAUGCGCGGUACAUCAAUGCCGAGCACGACUUUGAGUACGGGAGCCGAGCGGCGUCGUGGCGCAUCAUGCGGCUGUUUCGCGAGUUUGGGUGGAAUUUCACCACCUAUGCCGUCGCCGUGGCGCUGCAGCGGAACCCCAAAUUUGCGCGCGCCCUCGUCCGCGACGGCCACGAGGUCGCUGCUCACGGUCUGCGCUGGAUCGAUACCUGGGACUACUCUCUCGAGGAGGACAAGGAGUACAUUCGCAAGGCCAUUUGUCUGAUCAAGGAGGUCACGGGCGAGUUCCCAGUCGGCGCCUACUUUGGACGUGGAACCCCUCAGACACACAUGCUCUUUCCAGAGGUGUGGAAAAGUGUUGGCGCCGACUUCCUGUGGUCAUCGGAGUGCUACAAUGACGACGUGCCGUACUGGCUUGACCUGCCGCAAGAGAAGAAUCUCCCAGACGAAGAGAAGAAGGGGAUGCUCCUGAUCCCGUACAACUACGACUGCAACGACGGCAAAUUCCACAUGUCGCCCGGUUUCGGAAGCUCAGUGGCCGAGACAUACGAGCAGUACCUCAAGAACACGUUUGACUGCCUAUAUCGCGAGGGCGGCAAGCUCAUGAACAUUCCCCUGCACACGAGGAUCAUUGGCAAGCCCGGCCGAUCAGAAGCACUUAGAAAGUUCAUGCAAUACAUCUCGGAAAAGGAAGGGGUUUGGGUGACUACGAGGAGGGAGAUUGCCAAGCAUAUGCACGAAAAGUUUCCAUACAAACCCAAUGGGGCGUGGAUACCAGAGAAUUGA